AUGCCGAUGCCGGUUUGGUUGUGGAAGCCGAAUCGCGAGGUCGCUCGAGAGCCACAACAGAGCGACGAGGAGUAUCGUGGAUGCUGCAAUUCGUGUAAAACUGAGACUUGCUUCAAAGUGGUUCUCGGAUUAUAUUGUUUUCAACUUGUCGGGAUGGCCGGGUUGAUCCCACAAUCGCCCUUGGUUGGUGGGCUCAGUUUCCUUACCGCUCUCCUCGGCAUCAUUCUCGGUUUCAUGGCGCUUCGAACACAGAAACCUUUCUACAUGCAACUCUUCUGGAUUUUACAGGUUACCUCUACAAUUUCCUCGACAAUCAUCUUGGUUUCGAACGAGAUUUUGUUCAUAAUAGCUUACAGUCAAAUGGAGGAUACACGUAAAGAAGAAAAGAAGCAAUUGCUAGCGGCGUUAAUUGUUUGGACGUGUAGCAUUUUGAUCGCGAUUCCGCUAGCGUUUUGGAUUCUACGCUCAAUCUAUACGUAUUACUGCUAUCUCAGAGACCGUCAAAUUUGGAUCGAUCAACAAUGGAGUCCAAAUCGCUGGUUUCCCGGCCAUCGACGGGCUUUUUGGCGAAAGCGGCGAUAUCCAAUCAAAUUCACUCUCAUUCGAGACCCGGUUGAUCGUUUGGUUUCUUUGUAUGGACAUUUUUGCGAGAAUCUGAGAAAGUGUGGUGAUCGCAAUAUUCACCAGUUUAUCGCCUGGCUUUAUCUGCUUUUCCGACACAGGAAUAGGGAUCUCUUGCAAGGACAAGACUUCCGACUUCUCUACUAUCAUGCUAUUCCACAAUCCGGAUUCUGUAAUCUUGAUGAACAGCGACAAAACUUUUUCAUUAUUCGCUAUUCAAAUGAUCGAAAAGACAUGUAUCGACAGUUUAGUCGUCUUUUCAGAAGGGCUCGAAUACCGAAGCAUGUCGCUAAAAGGGCCCUUCGUCACUUGGUCCCGGCCGAUGCUAAGCUUGGUCCAGUCAUUCACGAGAAACAGUCG